AUGAGGCGGCGGGGCGCGGUGCAGCGGAAGGUGCCGUGUGUGUUCGUGACAGAGGUGAAGGAGGAGCCGUCGGCCAAGCGGGAGCGCCAGGUGGCCGAGGCGAACGGGGCCGGGCCCGGGGCCGGGCCCGCCUUCCGAAUGAUCUGGAGAAUGAUACAGAAUGAAAAGCAGAAUAAAGCCAGGGUUCUUGCUAUGCUCACUGUGAACCAGAAGUUCAAAAACAAAAAAGAGGGAGAUGUGGGAACAGUAGUUCCAGCUAAAGGGCCUUGGACAGAUUAUACAGAAAGUGUAGUGGACCGAGCGAUUUCUUUGCAGACUAAGUCUAAGUUUAGAUCAAAUAGAGAUAAGACAGUUGUCUGCGCUGUUCUAGGAGAGAGCCUAGUAGCAGCAAUAGAAGAUCGCUUUAUGCGACGCAGUAAUAAAAGUAAAAUAAUAGAAUCCCUUGAAAAUCUGGUGCAGGUUUUGCAAAAAACAACCUCCAACUUAGAACAACAGUUAGAAAACUGUUUUCAACAAUUAGAAAAGGAAGAAAACGGCUCAUUGAAAGCUACUCUGAAGGAAAACACAGGGGUGCUGAGGGAGCGGAAGUUAGAGGAGAAAAAUAUCCAACACAUAAAUCAAAUCUACCCUCAGAAAGAAUUGGAGAACUCAGGAAAACGUUAUGAGGAAUUCCCAUGUGUGAGACCCUUAGUUAAAACAGAAUAUUUUUAUGCAAAUGAGGAGGAUACUGACCCUCACAUUACAACUAAGCAAAUUCCUUACACUGCCACGGAGCCGGCCAAACUUCAAAAAGAGUGCGGUCACCUUCCUAAAGAAUCUGAAACUGAAUAUGUGUGCCAUGUAUCCCUAACCAGGGGACACCAAAUUCAGUUAAGUGAAAAAGAAGCAAAUGGAUCCUGGGAACAUGGAGUCUUCUUAACAAUUGGUGACAGACGUGCCCCAUGGUCUCUAACACAGCGAGCUGCUUACUGGGCUCCGGGGCUAAACCCAUUAGAUAGGGGAGAGCCCUUAGCAAUUACUGGCUCACCUGAUCAAUUGUUAGAGAGUGUACCCAAAGCAACAUAUUUGAAAAUGAUACAUGAAAGCAAAUUAAUUCCUGAAUGUGAAUCUCCAGUGAUGUUGCCAGUAAAUCCAGACAUGAUGACUCCCUUAGUAAGGGGACUUCCAGCAUCACUAAAAUCUACUGGAAUUAACCUUCAAAGGACAAUCACACUAAUGAGCCCAGUAGAAAGAUUGGAAAAUACGAUUAGGAGCCAGGGUAACACAAGCAGGAGCCAGAGGGAAGGAACUAAUACUAGCAUGGGUUCUUCUUUCACCCCUCCCCCAACUUCCUCCCAACAACCAAAUACUGAAAAAGUGUGGACGUGGGGGGAAGUAGCACAAGAAUUGAUAGAUUACAAUAGGAAAUCUGGCCCAGUAAAAAUCCUAGAAGAGAGGUUGAGAGGAAUCCAUCAUAUUGAAAUCAAAAAGCUGCCCCUCUCUGCCAACGCUGCUGCUGUUACCGGUAUCCCAAGAAAAGAACAUCCAUGCAAUAAAACGGCAAAGGGAGAACAGCCUAAGGCCCAACAACAGUGGUGAGGUUUGGGAAUUAAAAAAGGAGUUCCCAGAGACAUAAUGGAAGACUUACCCCUUGAUAAGCUUAGUAAACUAGUAUCGAGGUGGUGAAAUCCAGAAGAGCCUUCACAGAAUGUAAAAUAAAUCCUACCUGUUGUACCUUCAGCUCCCUCCCCUGCCGAGGAUGAAAGUCUCUCCCAGAAUCAGGAAAACUAGAACCUCCAUUUCUUAGUAGUGGGCAAGGGAAUGGGGUAUGGAUUUAUAUCUGACAGCUCACACAUACCAAAGGGGGAGAUUUUUUAAUCACAGCUAUAGUGGGCCCU